AUGGUCGCCGCUAAGAAACAGAAAAAGACCAUCGAGUCUAUAAAUUCAAGAUUGGCCUUGGUUAUGAAAUCUGGUAAAUACUGCUUGGGCUACAAACAAACAUUGAAGACUCUUCGACAAGGAAAAGCAAAACUGGUCAUCAUUGCCAAAAACGCUCCUCCACUAAGAAAGUCUGAAAUUGAGUACUAUGCUUUAUUAGCAAAGACUGGAGUACACCACUACAGCGGCAACAACAUAGAGUUAGGUACAGCUUGUGGAAAGUACUACCGAGUAUGUACUUUAGCAAUCACUGAUCCAGGUGAUUCGGACAUUAUUACGACACUACCUGAAGCUACUGUUUAA